GCGUUGUCUAACUCUGUUAAUUUAGUAUAAAGAUAGGGGGAGAAAUUAAAUUCGACCACUUAAAACGCGCUAAUUUGCCCCUUUCCGUUUUAUUGUUUGAAUUUAUCGAAAUGAGCAACAUGAUUCUCGACAAUGUUGUGGAGUUUGCCAGCUACUGGUGGUUCAGAUACCUCAUGGUUACUGAGCUCUAUAUGGUGGAGAAAUGGGAACGUGUAACGAUACACGUGCUCUUUAUGGUGCUCUUCUGCGUGUUCUGGUACUUCAAUUACUCGGUGCUGCUCUCUCUUGCCGGACUAAUCUCACCCAACACACUUAUUGCGGAUAUCUUACCUGGCGCGCAUCAAGGACAAGGUGUCAAAGUCAUAUAAGCAAAGCGAAGUCGAGCUGAGCCGCCACUGAGUCACCACUGUGUUUACUUCCAAUUUUCCAAUAAUUGAAUAUCUGCUGCGUGUCUGUAAUUGUGCCUAUCCACGCGCGGCAGCUUUAUCUAAUCCACAUGUUCACAUACAUCAAGCAAUCACAGCACAUACACCAUCAAUCACAGCAGAAGGUUGGUGUUCCUAUAUAUGUUAAUCGUUUGCUUUGCGGAUAAGCAGCACCCUAAAGUGGACAAAAGCAAAUGGCAUCCCAUCCACUAAUCGGCGCACUGUUUAAGCUAGCCCUAGUUUACACGUACACGUACUCCUUGUCGGAUGCUAAAUAAUAGUUAGAGAAUAAAACUGAAUGCUAAAGAAUGCCCUGAAUGUCAACCAUAAUAAUAAAGAGAGAGGACUUUGCUUUUGAA